UUGGAAAGUAUGCAAAACGCAGAAUCUGAGUACCUCAGUAUUAUGCAUCUUUCCUAAGAUUGCGCGGAAUCGAAUCAUUAUUCAUUAUCAUUACUUCCACCAAUGGCUUCCUGCCCCAUAAAUCUUCCUCACCGGUGUUCUCCCGGAACGCCGCCCCUCGGCCCCACUUCUUCCCUCCUAAACCCUAAUUCUCUUCUUAAAUUACUUCCUCUUUCUCCUUCUUCUCUUCUCUAUUCCAAUAAGCUAUCCUCUUCCAGAAUCCGCCACCGCAGCCUUGUUGCCAUGAACAACGCUCACAUGGCCACCGAGGCCAAGCCUGUUUCACAGGAUAGAAUGCUCGUUUAUGUGCCGCCUCAUCCGUUGAUCAAACACUGGGUUUCAGUUUUGAGGAAUGAACAAACUCCUUGCCCCAUUUUUAAAAAUGCAAUGGCAGAGUUAGGGAGGCUACUUAUUUAUGAAGCUUCAAGGGAUUGGUUGCCUACUGUAACAGGGGAGAUACAGUCACCCAUGGGUGUUGCUUCAGUUGAGUUUGUUGAUCCAAGAGAACCUGUGGCAAUAAUUCCCAUCCUUAGAGCUGGUCUAGCUCUUGCAGAAUAUGCAUCGUCUGUAUUGCCUGCAACAAAAUUGUACCAUCUUGGGAUAAGCAGGGACGAGGAGACUCUUCAACCAACUGUAUAUCUUAAUAAAUUACCUGAAAAUUUUCCUGAAGGUUGUAGAAUCUUUGUGGUCGAUCCCAUGCUUGCAACUGGUGGCACAAUUGUGGCAGCUCUUGAUCUCCUAAAGGAACGUGGAAUUGGCAACAAGCAAAUAAAAGUGAUAUCUGCUGUUGCUGCCCCUCCCGCCCUUCAAAAGCUCAGCGAGAAGUUUCCAGGGCUACAUAUAUACACCGGCAUUAUUGACCCGACAGUUAAUGAAAAAGGGUUUAUAAUUCCUGGACUUGGAGAUGCUGGAGAUCGCAGCUUCGGGACAUGAAAUUUGUUUUGUCGAGCUUCAGUAAUUCUCAUCUCUUAUUUUGACUUGGUAAAAAUCAAGUUGAUUAUUAGGCGAUUGUAAGAUUGCGUCUAAGCAUUGAUAAUUUUUUAAAGUUGCGUCAAUGAAAGGAAGUAUAGUAGAAUUAGGCAAAAGCUAUGUUCUCUGGAUUGUGUAUUGUACUUGUUCAAUUCUUCGCCUUUGAUAUCUUACCCUAUAAUAAAAGAUGAGUUCAAUUAAUGAGUUUCUAACUGCA